CAACAUCCUCGUCAUCGUCGAUUCCAGAAUCAGAUAUGGAAACCACCGCAUAAACCCCGAACUGGCAAUCCCCUCGUUCACUCGGAGUCACAUUCGAACCUGUGGAGCAUGGAAACCGCCCUGCCCGCCCGUAUCGCCCGACAAGGUCAGGCCCAUCUGGAUCUUCAAUUCCCGCAGGCGUUAGCCAUGUGCAGCCUCACCGACCACCCUGGUAAUCAUGAAGGCUCUUUUCAUGGCUUAGCGCGAGCGGAGUAGCGAGCAGUCGGUCAUUGUUUCGUGGAGCGAGACUCAGCCUUCCAAAGGAAUAAAAAAGUGGGACAGUACGCUGGAGCAUCACAGACCUGUAUGAUGACCUACCAUUCUUGUAAUACAUAUCAAAGUUUAGGGAUUCGUGUAUCGUUAACUGUAUCAUAGUUUAUCGCAUAGGUCAACGGUAUGUCUAGAUCGUGCCAGUGUUUUGUAUUCGGGCCCCACAUAUAUGUAUGACCCGCUCUCUCACUUUCUAGGCACCGAAUAUAUUGAGAAAACUUCCUCGGGUCCCGGCACAUCGCCAGAGCAGUGCACUGUACUUUCCGGCAGUUCGCGACAGAUUGUGCUCAAUGGCACGGUCCAUGACACUAGGGACAAUUGUCGUUAAACACAAGUUCUAUGGUUUUCCGCCCCGUAAGCAAACGCCCGUAAGCACGCACUAAGCUUGAAUAUCCUUUAAGAAGCCUAAAAAAAGCACAACCCCGUUAAGACGUGAAACUGCGAAACGUUGAUGCUUAGUAGUAAAUGACGAUCUCGACAGAUAUACAGAUAAACUAGACUCUGUCCAUUUUGAUAUGGUCGCCAAGAUGUUCUCUGGUAAACGGACAGCAACAGCCAAGUGCAUGUGCGUGUGGUCGCGCGAACGUCUUCGACUGGUAUACAGAACUCGGGGUUACACAGAGCAUUAAAAAAAGUAUCUACUAUGUAUGUGCACGUUUUGUAAUCCCCGAUGACCUCCCCAAAUCCGAGCCAGUAUCCGUGCUUUAACAGCCCUCAAUUGUCUCUCAAGCGAGAUUACCUUGCGAAGAAACCCCUGCUGAGGCUGAACAGCCCUGGUCGCAAAAAGAGGGUGCAUUAUCAACCAUUGCGGCGGGUUUUUAGAUAAACAGAGUGCAUAUACUGCAUUUCUGACAGUAUCGCCUUCAAACGUCUGUCUUGAACUUCCCUCGCUUCGUGUUUUUCUCUUUUCUUUCUAAUUGUCGCUGUGACCGUUGUAGGGUCAAAUUUAAUCACGAUGUUGGCCCCCACAACCUGGUCCGCAACCACUGUCCUUACCUUUAUUCUUAUAUUCUCCUCCUUCGUUCAACAAAGCACAUCGACAUGCUUUGGCUGGGACGGCAAAGAACAAACCUCUGAAUGGCAGCCCUGCACAAGUGACUCGGGAGCCAUCACCACAUGCUGCGCGACCAACCGCAAAACUCCUUUUGGCGAAGAUCCCGGCAAAUUGAUGCAGAAUAGCGAUCGGUGCCUUUCCAAUGGACUCUGCCAGAACCGCCUGUACACAGCAGCUGGCUCCAACAGCCCCGUCUCCAACGAGACGUAUUGGCGUAAUGGAUGCACGGCGAAGGACAAAGACGAUAAAUCCUGUCUUAACACAGUUUGCGCCACAAACGGCAAAGAUUCUUGGGGCGGAGCCGCGAGGAUGACACCUUGCGACGGGUCCUCGAAUAGCCAAUAUUGGUGUUGCGGAGAUUCAACCAGUUGCUGUGGCAAGGAAAACCAAUGGGAGCUUCCUAAAGCCCUGGGAAUGGCUGUUCCGAUCAUGGGAAAGGCAGUCUCAUCGUCCGCGCCUUCUCCAUCUGCUUCUGAGUCGAAUUCUAUUAAACCAACAACUGUCGCCACUUCUUCAACCACCACCUCAACAGCAGUCACUUCUGCCACAAACUCGCCCCAAUCGAGCGAAAUUCCCCAUCAAUCAGCCGAGAAGCCACGUGAAUCUUCCGCCGCUACCUCAAAUCCACCGGCUGCCGCUUCGGGCGACCCAGGUCUCACUCCUGGGGCCAUCGCUGGUAUCACAAUCGCCAGCGUCAUUGCAGUCGCCGCAUUGAUCGCCAUCUUCUUCCUUAAGCGGCGCUGGGAUCAUAAGCGUUUCAAUCUCGAAGUAAAAGUAGUCAAAGCUCGAAAAGCGCAGGAGGUGAAAGAAAAUGCAGCCUACGACUACUGGGCUGAUAGAGUGGACACGAGCUCGCCGCCAUCGGAGAUGGGUACAAAUGAACGAACGCAUGAGCUGUACUCUGAACAUGCGCAUGAAAUUGGAGUAGACGUUGCUUGUCAACAGAUGAAAGAUGUAGUGUAA